CAUGGAACUCAAUAAUUGCUGCAUAUGAGCAGAAUGAGGAUCCAAAUAGAGCACUUGAGCUGUUCAAGGAGAUGCAACUAAGUGGAAUUGAGCCUGAUUUAUUGACACUGGUGAGUUUGGCUUCUAUUGUUGCUCAGUUAAGUGACCAUCAAAAUAGUGGGUCUAUUCAUGGAUUCAUCAUUAGGAGAGAUUUGUGGAUGGAAGAUGUUAUAAUCGGAAAUGCAGUUGUGGAUAUGUAUGCAAAAUUAGGUAUUAUAGAUUCUGCUAGAACAGUAUUUGAAGGAUUGCCUGUUAAAGAUGUCAUAUCAUGGAACACCCUGAUCACUGGUUAUGCUCAAAACGGGCUUGCAACUGAGGCUAUUGAGGUAUAUCAUAUGAUGGAACAGUACACCGGCAUUAUCCCAAAUCAAGGGACCUGGGUAAGCAUACUACCUGCUUAUUCUCACGUUGGAGCCUUGCGACAAGGAAUGAAAAUUCACGGGCGAGUGACUAAGGACUGUCUUUACUUGGAUGUCUUUGUCGGAACCUGCCUCAUAGACAUGUAUGGAAAAUGUGGGCGACUAGAUGAUGCAUUGUCCUUAUUUUACCAACUGCCAAGAAGGAGCUCUGUUCCCUGGAAUGCUGUGAUAGCUUGUCACGGUGUUCAUGGUUAUGGUGAGAAGGCUUUGCGGUUGUUUGAGGAAAUGCUAGGAAGAGCAUGGAAUCAGGCCUAGCUUGAAGCACUAUGGUUGCAUGGUUGAUUUGUUUGGUAGAUCUGGAUAUUUAGAAAGGGCAUAUAAUUUCAUAAAGAGUAUGCCGCUAAAGCCCGAUGCUUCUAUUUGGGGCGCUCUUCUUGGUUCAUGCAGAAUACAUGGAAACAUUGAUUUAUGAAAAUUUGCCUCAGAUCGCUUGUUUGAGGUUGAUCAACAGAAUGUUGGAUACUAUGUUCUUUUGUCAAACAUUUAUGCAAAUGUGGGGAACUGGGAAGGAGUGGAUGAAGUAAGAUCGCUGGCUAGAGAAAAGGGAUUGAAGAAGACUCCUGGAUGGAGCUCAAUCCAAGCGAAUAAGAAGGUUGAUGUCUUCUAUACUGGCAAAAAAUCCCACCCAGAAUAUGAGCAGAUUUACAAGGAGUUAAGAAUGUUGAAUGCAAA